UUCGUCCCUCCCUCCUUCCUCCCUCCUGCCUCCCCUCCCUCCCGCCGCCACUCGGCCCCGGGCAGCCCAGCCAGCAGCGCCCGGCCGCCCCGCGCCCGACAGGUGUCCCGGCGGCCGGCAGCGAGCAGGGCGGGGGAUGCCCGGCCAGAGCCCCCCCGGCGCCUAGCCCCCCGGCCCCCGGCCCCCGCCCGCCGGCGGCAUGAAAGUGACCGUGUGCUUCGGGCGGACCCGGGUGGUCGUGCCGUGCGGGGACGGACACAUGAAGGUGCUGAGCCUCGUGCAGCAGGCGGUCACCCGCUACCGCAAGGCGAUCGCCAAGGAUCCCAGCUACUGGAUCCAGGUGCAUCGACUGGAACACGGAGAUGGAGGGAUACUGGAUCUCGACGAUAUCCUGUGUGACGUAGCCGAUGACAAAGACAGGCUGGUGGCCGUGUUUGAUGAGCAAGACCCACAUCAUGGAGGGGACGGCACCAGUGCCAGCUCCACCGGUACCCAGAGUCCAGAGAUAUUUGGCAGUGAGCUUGGUGCCAACAAUGUUUCAGCCUUUCAGCCUUACCAAGUAACAAGUGAAAUUGAGGUCACGCCUUCAGCCCUCCGUGCAAACAUGCCUCUUCAUGUCCGACGGAGCAGUGACCCAGCCUUGAUUGGCCUCUCCACAUCCAUCAGUGAUAACAGUUUCUCUUCUGAAGAGCCUUCUCGGAAGAAUCCCACGCGCUGGUCCACAACAGCUGGCUUCCUCAAGCAAAACACUGCUAAUAGCCCUAAAACCUGUGACAGAAAGAAAGAUGAAAACUACAGAAGCCUCCCACGGGAUACUAGUAACUGGCCUAACCAAUUUCAGAGAGACAAUGCCCGUUCAUCUCUGAGUGCCAGUCAUCCAAUGGUCGACAGGUGGCUGGAGAAACAAGAACAGGAUGAGGAUGGGACGGAGGAAGACUACAGCCGCGUUGAACCCCUGGGUCAUGCUGACACUGGUUUGGAGAACAUACCCAACUUUUCUCUGGAUGAUAUGGUAAAGCUCGUACAAGUCCCCAACGAUGGAGGGCCUCUGGGAAUCCAUGUAGUGCCUUUCAGUGCUCGAGGCGGCAGAACCUUGGGCUUAUUAGUAAAACGGCUGGAGAAAGGUGGGAAGGCUGAACAAGAAGAGCUUUUCCAUGAGAAUGAUUGCAUUGUCAGGAUCAAUGACGGCGACCUUCGGAAUAGAAGAUUUGAGCAGGCCCAGCAUAUGUUCCGCCAAGCCAUGCGGGCUCCCAUCAUUUGGUUCCACGUGGUUCCUGCGGCCAAUAAAGAGCAGUAUGAACAACUCUCUCAAAGCGAGAAGAACAACUACUACGCCAGCCGCCUCAGCCCUGACAGCCAGUAUAUUGAGAACAGGAGUGUGAACAGCGCGGGCCUUCAGACCCUGCAGAGAGCUGCCAGGCCAGCCCACCCGGCCGAGCACAUGGACCCUCACCCACGACCACUACCUCAGAGCUCACACCCCUCCUUUGCCAAGCCGCCCGCAGCUCCAGCCCCUCCACCACCACACAUGUUCAGCACGAACAUGAGCAGUGGUUACAACUCCAAAAAAGUAGGCAAGAAGCUUAAUAUCCAGCUUAAGAAAGGUACAGAAGGUUUGGGGUUCAGCAUCACUUCCAGAGAUGUAACGAUAGGCGGCUCAGCUCCCAUCUAUGUGAAAAACAUCCUUCCCAGAGGCGCAGCCAUUCAAGAUGGCAGACUUAAAGCAGGAGACCGACUCAUCGAGGUCAAUGGAGUAGACUUAGCCGGCAAAUCCCAAGAGGAAGUCGUUUCCCUGUUGAGAAGCACCAAGAUGGAAGGGACCGUGAGCCUGCUGGUCUUUCGCCAGGAAGAUGCCUUUCACCCAAGGGAGCUGAAUGCAGAGCCAAGCCAGAUGCAGAUCCCAAAACAAACGAAAGCAGAAGACGAAGACGUGGUCCUCACACCCGACGGUACCAGGGAAUUCCUGACGUUCGAAGUUCCACUCAACGAUUCCGGAUCGGCUGGGCUCGGCGUCAGCGUCAAAGGAAACCGGUCAAAAGAGAACCACGCAGAUCUGGGCAUCUUCGUCAAGUCCAUCAUUAACGGGGGAGCCGCCUCUAAAGAUGGGAGGCUUCGGGUGAACGAUCAGCUGAUCGCGGUAAAUGGAGAGUCUCUGUUGGGCAAAACAAACCAGGAUGCCAUGGAGACCCUCCGAAGGUCCAUGUCCACUGAGGGGAACAAACGAGGAAUGAUCCAGCUCAUUGUGGCAAGGAGAAUAAGCAAGGGCAACGAGCUGAAGUCACCUGGAAGCCUCGCUGGACCCGAGCUGCCCAUCGAAACCAUGUUAGAUGACAGAGAACGAAGGAUCUCCCACUCGCUCUACAGUGGAAUCGAGGGGCUGGAGGAGUCUCCCACCAGGAACGCAGCACUCAGUAGGAUAAUGGGGAAAUACCAACUUUCCCCCACGGUGAAUAUGCCUCAAGACGAUACUGUCAUUAUUGAAGAUGACAGGCUACCCAUGCUCCCUCCACACCUGUCUGACCAGUCUUCUUCAAGUUCCCAUGAUGAUGUGGGGUUCGUGACAACGGACGCUGGCUCCUGGGCCAAAGCUGCCAUCAGUGACUCAGCAGAAUGCUCUUUGAGUCCAGAUGUUGAUCCAGUUCUUGCUUUUCAACGAGAAGGAUUUGGACGUCAGAGUAUGUCAGAAAAACGCACAAAGCAAUUUUCAGAUGCCACUCAAUUGGAUUUCGUUAAAACACGAAAAUCAAAAAGCAUGGAUUUAGGUAUAGCUGACGAGACUAAACUCAAUACAGUGGAUGACCAGAAAGCAGGCUCCCCCAGCAGAGACGUGGGGCCUUCCCUGGGCCUGAAGAAGUCCAGCUCUUUGGAAAGUCUGCAGACAGCCGUGGCCGAGGUCACUCUGAACGGGGACAUCCCUUUCCAUCGGCCGCGGCCAAGGAUCAUCAGAGGGCGAGGGUGCAACGAAAGCUUCAGGGCCGCCAUCGACAAGUCUUAUGACAAGCCUGCGGCGGACGACGAUGACGAAGGCAUGGAGACAUUGGAAGAAGACACUGAAGAAAGUUCCAGAUCAGGGAGGGAGUCUGUAUCUACAGCCAGUGACCAGCCUUCACAUUCUCUGGAGAGACAGAUGAACGGGAACCAAGACAAAGGGGACAGGGCGGACAGGAGAAAGGAUAAAACAGGAAAAGAGAAGAAGAAAGAUAGGGAUAAAGACAAGGAGAAGAUAAAAGCCAAGAAAGGAAUGCUGAAGGGCUUGGGAGACAUGUUCAGGUUUGGCAGACAUCGCAAAGAUGACAAGAUUGAGAAAACGGGUAAAAUAAAAAUACAGGAAUCCCUUACAUCAGAAGAGGACAGAAUACGUAUGAAGCAGGAGCAAGAGAGGAUUCAAGCCAAAACUCGAGAAUUCAGAGAGCGACAGUCCCGUGAACGGGACUAUGCUGAAAUCCAAGAUAUUCACCGGACAUUUGGCUGUGAUGAUGAGUUGGUGUACAGAGGCAUUUCUCCCUACGAGGGUUCGGUGGCUCUCGGCACCAGGCCCCAGAGCCCUCGAGAAGGACACCUGAUGGAUGCUUUGUACGCCCAGGUGAAGAAACCCCGGAAUUCCAAAGCUUCCCCUGCAGACAGAUCAACUCCCAGCAACCACGAUCGGAUACAGCGUCUACGGCAAGAAUUCCAGCAGGCGAAGCAAGAUGAGGAUGUGGAAGACAGACGGCGGACCUACAGCUUUGAGCAGCCUUGGCCCAGCACCAGGCCCCCGGCCCAGAGCGGAAGGCACUCGGUGUCCGUGGAGAUGCAGAUGCAGCGCCAACGCCAGGAGGAACGUGAGAGCUUCCAGCAGGCCCAACGCCAGUACAGCUCUCUGCCGCGGCAAAGCAGGAAGAAUGUCAGCUCUGUUUCGCAGGACUCCUGGGAGCAGAACUACGCGCCCGGGGAAGGCUUCCAGAACGCCAAGGAGAACCCACAGUACUCCAGCUACCAGGGCUCCAGGCACGGCUACCUGGGCGGGCACGGCUACCUGGGCGGGCACGGCUUCAACGCCAGGGUCAUGCUGGAGACCCAGGAGCUCCUGCGCCAGGAGCAGAGGCGGAAAGAGCAGCAGAUGAAGAAGCAGCCUCCUCCCGCCCCCGAAGGGCUCAGCAACUGUGACUCCUAUAAGAAAGUCCAGGAUUCUGGCUAUGCCCCCGCCAAGGGCCCCUUCCGCCAGGACGUGCCCCCAUCCCCGUCUCAGGUGGCCAGACUGAACAGACUCCAGACCCCCGAGAAAGGGCGGCACUUCUAUUCCUGAGCAGAAGGAUGGACGGACGCUGCCUGCCAUGCAAUAAAAGGACAUUUUCCUAUGAAGACUUGUAUUUUGGGAGUUUUUUUUUUUUUUUAAAUAAACGAAACCUCAGUGGUACUGUGGAAUAUUUCUGUUGUUGGUAUCAGUGCCUUUAAGCAGGUCUGGGCGAAGCAGAUGGAAGGCCUUAACCAAGUCUUUGCCGCUAUGUCGCCAAGUGUCCAGUUCACGCAAGAACUUCCCACACUACCCGACAAUCAUCUGUCCAGACUUUAACACACCCUGCGUCUUUCUGGAGCACCGGGAAUCUCGGCCAACUCAUGUGCUGCCCAUCUGUGGUCCUGGUGUUUUCGGGCCCCACAAAACGUGGAGCUGCGAGUCACCUUGACGUUGAACGAGGCCUGGUCUCAGUCUCUCUCGUGCGGCUGAGUGCAUGUGACCAUCAGCUUCAGCUGCUGGUGCCUGGAUGGUCCUUCACAGCCUACUCAGAUGUCCUCUUUUGCCAUCAAUAUGGUUUCUCCUUUCCUCUCCCAGCUCCUUGUAACGGGAAGGUUCACUCUCCCUGCGAUGAAGGAAGCUAAAGCCAUAUUCCAAUGCUGUCUGGUUGCCACGGGGUCCUUUUGUAACUGCCUUAUGAAUCAACAUUACCAAUAAAGUGAUCAUUCUA